GUACUAGUCAACUGUGGACACUAACAAACACGGUUGGACACCGGACAUGGAACUGUCAACAAAUGUUUGAAAUUCGUGUGCAAGCUUACGGUUGGCUUUAGCUUAGAUGAGGUUUGCGUAUGCUACUGGGUCCCUAGGGGCUACUGCGCGCCCUCGAGGAGUAGUGGCGACAGUGCGUCGACACCCGCAAACUUGCCAUGGCGCAAAGUUUGGCGCGUACAGGAAUCCGCGUGUCGCCCUGUGGUUGCUUCGCGCGACACGCGACGAUGUGUCUUCGGAGGAGGAGGAGCGCUCGCUCCUGGCCGCGCUGCAGCUGGAGGCCCAGCUCGAGGCCGAGCUGCGAGACCUGGAGGCGGAGUUGGUGCGGGCGCAGCAGGACGCCAGCACGCAGGUGGAGGGCGCCAGGGAGCAGCUCAAGGAAUCCCAACGCAAGGCCGAGCUGCUGGAGGCGAUGGUCAGCGCGCUGCGGGAGCGGCUGAAGCGCGAGGAGGAGCGGAACAACCAGCUGACAGGGGAAGUGGAGGCUGGUCGGGCGGAACUGGCGAAGUCCGAGGAGGAGCGUAAGGCCCUGCAGAGCCGCAUCGCUGGCCUGAAGACGGAGCUGGUGGACACACAGGGCAAACUGUCACUGGCGCUGCGCCGCUCCGCGGACCUGGAGGCGCGGGUGGCUCGGCUGGCCAAACAGAACGCGGCGCUGGCGCUGCGGGUGGGCGAGCUGGAGGAAGAGAUGCGGGAGAGGGCGGCCGCGGCGGGCCGGGCGGCGGAGGCGGCGCGCGACCGCAUUCGGGAGCUGGAGGCGGCAGCUGACGAGGACGCGCUCCAGCUGGCGCGGCUGCAGGGCUGCCUGGCGGAGCGCGAGAGCCAGCUGGCGGCGCUGCGCGAGAGCGAGGCGGAGCUGCAGGAGGUGCUGGAGCAGAGCAAGGCGGCGGCGGAGCAGAUGGACGCCAUGCUUCAGGCCCGUGACGCCGAGGUGGCCCGGCUGCGGGGGGCGCUCAAGGCAGCGGCGGAGGCGGGCGAGCAGGACGCGGCGGAGACGGCGCGGCUCAAGCAGCAGCUGUCGCUGCUGCAGUCGGACCGAGACGUGGACGUGGCGCGGCUCAACGCCCAGCUCCAGGAGAGCGCCAAGCAGGCGGCGUCAUUUGCGGAGGCUGCCCGUCAGCGCGCCGAGUCGCAGGCGCUGGAGGUGUCGGCGCUCAAGGAGCAGCUCGAGGACGCGCGCAUCCGGGCGGAGCAGGCCUCUGCCCGGCGCGUGGCGGAGGUGUCUGAGCUGCGCUCCAGUCUGGAGGUGUCGCUGGGGGAGGCGCGCGGCGAGGCGCUGGCGGCGCGGGAGGCGCUGGCGGCGGUGAAGCAGCAGCUGGACGGACUGCUCAGCGAGGAGUGGGUGCAGGCGCUCGAGGACGACCUGCGCCGCUCCGUCAUGGGCGGCAGCGGCGCCGGCGGCAGCAGGCCGCCGCAGCGGCAGGCGCCGCCCUCGCCGGCCCAGGUGCAGACCCAACAGGCGCUGCACAGCCUGGAGGCUCGCGAGCAGGUGCUCCGGCAGCAGCUGGAGUCGCUGCAGCGCGAGCUGGCGGAGCUGCAGUCGGCGGCGGUGGCGCGGCUGGGGCCUGCGCUGGUGGCGCGGGCGCAGGAGCUGGAGGGCGCCGCCGCCAAGUGCCGCCAGGUGCUGGCGGCGCGGCAGGCCGCGCGCGACGACACGGGUGCGCUGCGCGCCUCCCAGCAGCUGGACCAGUUCAGCUCGGAGCUGGGCUCGCUGUACCGACUGGUAAUGGCAGCAGACGCCCGCAGCCGGGAGCGAGCCGUGCGGGCAGAGGUGCAGGACCGCGAGUCGGAGCUGCGUGGUCUGCUGGAGCAGCGGGCCAACCUGCUGGAGGCGGCGGCGCAGGCGGCGCAGCGGGACAGCGAGCAGGAACGCACCGCCAGCGGCCAGGCCGCCGCCGCCUCCGCCGCGGGCGGCCCCGGCGCCAGCCAGGCAGCGCUGCGCAGGGCGGUGCAGGUGCGGGUGCGGCAGCUGCUGCGGGAGCGGGAGCAGGAGCUGCAGCAGGCGGCGGCGGCGCGCGAGGCACAGCUGCAGGCCCAGCUGAACGCGCGGCUGGCGGAGAGCAAGGAGUCGCAGCAGCGGGAGCUGCGGGCGGUGCAGGAGGCCGUGUCCCACCAGGUCCGCGUGAUGGAGAGCUCCUGGCGGGGCCAGAUGGACGCGUUCGCGCGCUCGCUGCAGGAGGCAGCGGCGGAGAAGGAGCGCGCGGCGCAGCAGGCUAGCAGCGCCGCGGCGCAGGUCCGGCAGCAGCUGUCGGAGCUGGACUCGCUGCGGUCGGAGCUGUCGGCGGCGCAGUCGGCGGUGGCGGCGCUGCGGCGCGCGGCCGAGAGCUCCAGGCAGGCGGCGGCGCAGCAGAGCGCGGGCGCGGCGCGCGAGGUGCAGCAGCUGAGCUCUCAGGUGAUGCAGCUGCAGAACACGUUGCAGAAGCGCGAGCGCAUGUACGCGGCCGCCACAGCCGCCGCCUCGGCCGCCGCCAACCGAGCCGCGCUCAUAGCGCCCGUCGUCCUGCCAGGGCAGAGGCAGCCGCCGCAGCCGCAGCCGCCGCAGCAGCAGGCCCCGGGGUCCAGGCCCCAGGCGGCUCAGCCCGUGGAGAACAACAUUGUCGUCAGCGCGAGGCCGCCGACCGGCAGUAGCAGCAGCAGUAGUAGCAGCAGUAGCAGCGGCGGUGGCAGUAGCAGCAGCACCGUUCGGACGCCCUCCCCGCGGGGCCCUGACGCCGGCCGCGCGCUGCGGAUGCCUCCAGCGCAGCCGCCGCUGCAGCACAUCCCGCUGCGGCCGGGCUACAAGCCUGAUGCGCAGCAACAGCAAAAGUCGCAGUCGCAGGCGGUGAAUGGCACACCGCGCAACCCCAUGAUGCAGGCACCCGCUGAGUUCAUCACCACGGCGAAGGAGAGCGGCAGCAGCAACACCAGCACCAGCAGCAGUGCCAGCAGCGCAGCAACGGCCUCUGCUGGCGCGCCGCCUGCGCCGCCUGCGGAGCCGCUGACGCCUGUGCGCCAGGGCUGGCCCACGCACUUUGGUGGCAGCAAGGUGACCCUUGAACGGGAGUGGGGCGGCCCGCCCUCAUCGGAGCCGUCCUCGUCUUCGCCUCGGCAACCGCAGCCUCCCAGCAGCAGCAGCGGCGAGCCAGGCGGGCCGAGCCCGUGGGAUGCCCCGGCGAGGCCGUACUCCUGGCCGCUGCCGCCCGCACCUUCGCAGCAGCAGCCGCAGGCCGGCCCUGGCGUCAGCGGCAAGGCUCCCUCGCUGCGGCCCGGGCCGCCGCCGCCCAUCCGGCUGCCGCCGGGGCCGCCGCCACCUGCUCAGCUGCCGCCGCCUCGAACCUCACCGGAGCCGGCGCCGAUUGCAGCCGGCACCAGCUCAAGCUCCGGUGCCAGCGCAUCGGGCGCCGCGGCUAGUAGCGGCGUCUUCGUCAGCAACGGCUUCAUCAGCAGCGGCGCCGCCGCCAGCGCCAGUACAAGCGCCGCCAACAUCAGUGGCGCUGGCGCCAACGCCGCCAGCACCGGCGGCGCCGCGGGCGGCAGCGACGGCCCGGUGCAGCUGUCGGUGUGGGCGCGCAUCCUGAGCGCCCGCGAGGAUGCAACAUCGUCUCGGGACAGCGACGGCGACGGCGACGGCGAGGCGGAUGCGCGGGCCGGCGGGGGCGAGCAGCGCGGCUUGGGGGCUGGGUCGGGGGCGGCGGCCGACGAGGCAGCGGCCGGCAUGAUGGGCGUGUGGGGCCGUCUGGUGGCGCGGUCCGCUGUGCCGCCGCUGCCGCCGCCUACGCAGCCCGUGCAAGAGCUCCCCAAGCGCAUCCCGCAGCCGGCUGCACAGCCGCAACCGCCGGCAUGGCAGCAAGCGCCCCACCCUUCCAAUGAACCCGUGGAGCCUAGGGAUGAGGACGCUGCUGUGAUAAAGGAGUACGGGGUGGAGCUGCAGCCGCCGACGGCCGCAGCGGCGGUCCCGGCGGCGGCCGCGCCUCGUGACCGCGGCAAGCGCAGCUCUGUGGAGGCGGACGACAUGGAGGAACCAAAGGAUCCGGCUGCGGAGGAGGAGGAGGAGGACGGCGAGCAGCGCACCUACGACUGGCGCACAGCGCUGCGGGCGGCGCAGCUGGAGCGGGAGCGGCGGGCGGGGUUCUCCACCGACUCCUCGCCCGAGCAGCAGGAGGAGGAGGAGGAGGAAGUUGAAGCUGCUGCUUUGGGUGCAGAGGCGGAGGAGGCGCGGGUGGAGGAGGUGCAGGAGGAGGCUGAGGCGGCGGCGGAGGAGGCGAGGCGCAGGGCCGCGGCGGCAGUGCAGGCCAGGGUGGCGACGACAGCUCCGGAGCCGGAGUCGGAGCUGCGCCCUGUUGGGGAGCCGGCGCAGCCGCCUCCCACCUCUUCAGUGCCCGCGGCACCUGCCUCCGUCAUGGUUCCGCCCUCGCCCUGGUCGCUGCCCCCGCCAUCGCCGCGGCCGAGCCCCACGGCCGGCCCUGCGCCCACCGCCACCACCGCCUCCACGCCCGGCCCUGCCAGCACCACCUCACCGCCGGCCGCGCCCGCGAAGCCGGCAAUGACUUCGCAGUCGCCGUGGCGGCAGCGGAAAUGGCAGCCGCCCGCUCCUGCGCCGCCGUCCACAUCCUCGCCGCCUCCGGAUCCGCCACGGGCAGGCACCGCCGCCGCCACCUCAGCAUCAGCUGCGGAAAAGCCGAAGCCCGCGCCCGUGCCACCCAAGGCCGCGGCCGCGGCGGCGACCCAGCCGCCACCCAUUGUCAAGUCGGUUUUGAAGCCGCAGCAGCAGGCGGCUCCGCCAAAGCAGGACAAGGGGAAGGUGCCAACACAGCAGCAGCAGCAGCAACAGCAGCAACAGCCGUCUGGGCCGUCCGCGGCUGCGGCGGCCAUGGCGGCAGCGGCCGGCGCUGCUGCGGCUGCUAAGCGUGCCGCCGCGGCGGACCCGGCGCCUCGCGAGAAGCCCCGCAGCUUCGACGUGUCUCCCAUCUCCGAGUGGGGCCGGCCUAAGACCAUGCCUUCCUCCGACGACGACGACGCCACCGCGCCCUCAACCUCAGCCUCCACCGCCGCCGCCUCCAGUGCCACCACCGCUGCCGCGCCUGACGCAGCUGCUUCUGCUGCCGGCAAGGCGGUGGGCGGCAGCAGCACCGGCGGCAACGGCAAGGCGGCAGCUGGCGGCGGGCGCCGCGGCGCCGGUGCACAGCUCGGCAGCGCCAGCGGCGGCGCCGGCAGCGCGUUCGUGUCAGAAACUGACCUGGGUGCCGAGAUUGCUGCCAUCACGCAAUCCAUUGUACAGCGCGCAAGCGCCGGCAGCAGCAGCAGCAACAGCAGCAGCAGCAGCGCCAGUGGCGGCGGCAGGGUUGGCAGCGGCGGCAGUAGCAACAGCAAGGCCGCGCGCGACGCCGGGGCGGCAGGUGUGACGGCGGCGGGAGGCGCGGGCGAGGCGGCGGCUGAGCCCAUGCCGUCGCUGGCGGGGCGCACGAUGCGACUGGCAGCUGCGGGCUACGUCAUUCCUCGGCUUGGCAAGGGCGACAAGGGCACCGAGGACGCCUGGUUUGUGCUGACGCCCGCCAGCGGCACAGUCACCAACGGCGCCGCGCCGCCCGGCGGCGCCUCGCCGGGGGCGCUGCCGUCCAAGAGCGUGUCGGCCUUGGGCGUGGCGGACGGCGUGGGCGGCUGGUCGGAGGCUAAUGUGGACAGUGGCGCGUACAGUCGCGAGAUCGUGGCUGCAGUGGCGCGCGCGGCGGAGGGCCGACUGACCAUUCCUGACCCGCGUGAUCUGCUGGCGGCGGCGCAGUCGGCCGUGCGCACGCUGGGCAGCGCCACGGCCUGUGUGGCGGCGCUGUCACUGCCCGACACGCUGUCCAUCGCCAACCUGGGCGACAGCGGCUGCCGCGUGGUGCGGCGCGGCGCGCUGGUGCUGGCGACCAGCCCGCAGGAGCACACCUUCAACAUGCCCUACCAGCUGGCGCACCCUGACAACCUGCCAGAGACCGACACGGCCGCGGACGCCAAUGUCUACCAGGUGGCGCUGCGGCCGGGUGACGUGGUCAUCAUGGCAACCGACGGUCUGUACGACAACAUGUGGGACGAGGAGAUCGUUUCUGUUGCAACAACCGCCAUGAGUCAGGCGGCGGGUGCCGCCACCGCGGCGGCGGGCGCGGGUGGCGGUGGCGGUUUCCUGCCCGUGCCGGCGGCUGCGGCGGCGGCUCAGCAGCUGGCGGCCACGCUGGCCAACACGGCGUUCCGGCACGCGCAGGACCCGUCGUUCCGCUCGCCCUGGGCCGUGGAGCUGGCGAACCAGCCCAACGCCACGUGGCUGCAGCGGCUGUUCCCGCGCGGCGGCAAGAUGGAUGACAUCACAGUGGUGGUGGCGGUGGUGACUGCGGUGUAAUGCCAAGCUGGUGUGGGGUUUGGUUUUGCAGCACACCAUGAAGCAGCUGGGCACAGAGGAGGAGGCAGGAGCAAGGGAGCCGCGGCUGCAGGUGACAGAGGUUGGGGAGACGCAGCUUGCCGACGCCACGACUCGAUGACAGCCUGCUGGGGUUCACACCUGGCGUCUUCAGAUGGGGUUGCUUGUGGACAUUCGAUGUGCUGCCACACGCGCGAGCCCAUCCGGCAUCCGGGGGCCCGACCUGCGGCUGAGAUGGACACACAGGCGCCCGCGUGGGUGUGGAACGCAGAGGACCAAAGGAGGAGGAGGCUGGGUUGGCGGUGCGGGCGACUGUGCAGGACAUGCUUGCGUGGAGGCAUGUGCACGCGGGCCGCGUGAGCGUUCCGGGCACGGGGCACGCAGCGUCAGAAAGCAAUUACCGUAACAGGCAGCAGGAUGCAGGGGUUGAGAGGUGGGAGUGAAAGCGCUGCGCAUAAGACGAUAAGAGUGCAAUGUGUGGGAUUGUAAGGCGGUGUGAUUGCUUUUUGCUGAAUAAGCCUGCGGGUGCUGCGCAGUGUUGUCAUUACUUCGUGCGUGUCCCUGGACGUGGCGUGCUAUCUUUUGGAAGUUCGCACGCUCCUUGUUACUGUCUAUGCACCGUACACUACCGUAACAAGACUUUCUUACAGUCACGCCUGUGCAGACUGGAAGGUGUACAUGAGAUUUACCUACGUACGAUAUCACAUUUACAGCAGCAUGUUAGCCAUGUCGCAGAUUAGAUGCACUUCUAAGCGCGCGUAUGGGGGACUGUCAUGUGUAUCCCCAUCACCGUAGAUGCACAUUCAAGUACGGGGGCUGCGGCGUAAUGAGUGCGUCCAUGCUGCACGUCGCACGACGCCGCCCCGUCUGUGCGACGCUGCCCGUACAUGUCUCAAGGUAAUGGCGCAAAGAUCAAUUCUAGAUUUUGUGAACAAUGGGUGCUGCUUCCAGCAGUAAUAUUGCAGUCAGGAUGUAGAGGUCAAAGGCGAAUGGGCAGACAGGUAUCUUUGUUGCAAGGCCGUGAGCAAGCCGUGACUGCAUGCGGACGCUGUUAAUAGCGUCCGCAUGUUCCUUCCGCUGACAGGUAUUUAUAAGGUGCUGAGAGCUGUGGGCGUAAGUACCGCGCUGAUGAUUUGGGCUCCUGUGGUGAGGUAGGGUUGAGCGGUUGCGGGCGGUGCGAACAAGGGCCAUACAUGACGGUGCAGGCUGGCAGCAGACAAUCGAGGCAAACGUGUGUACGUGUGUGUGUGUGUGUGUGUGUGUGUGUGUGUGUGUGUGUGUGUGUGUGUGUGUGUGUGUGUGUGUGUGUGUGUGUGUGUGUGUGUGUGUGUGUGUGUUGGGGGGGUGGCUCGGGUUUUGGGUGGCAGUGGGUACAGGCGGUGCAUUCUGUUCGGGGCGGAAAACCUUUUGCAGUUUGCACAGGGGCGGCAGCCGCUGCAGAGUUGGCAUGGAAAGCACUGUCUGAAGCACACGGCGGUACAUGGAUCAGUAGAUGUUUGUAAGUCAUGCAUGUG